CUAAAUACAUAGACAUAUGUCGACACUGUGCACUGCAAAGUACCGUACACAAAACUAGAGUUACACUCAUACAUAAUAAUAGUUGGCCUCAUUGUUUUUCUGUGGGAAUCAGUGCAAUAUGGCACUAAAAAUGCUUUUGGAAUAUUUAUUGACAAUUUACCUGGCAAGUUUAACACAAGCGUGUAACGAUACCCGGAUGUUUGGAGAGGAAUGCCUGUACAGAUGUCAUUGCGCCAACGGUUGUGAUACAAGCGGGGAUUGUGUCAAUGGACCAUGUGCCAGGGGCUGGUUCGGUUUCAAGUGUCAAUACAGAAACAGUGUAGUUGAUGCAACAGUGGAACCAAAGAGAUAUACUUCCUGGUUAACUGAUGGUCUAAGUGAUACGUGUAACAAUGAUACGACCAUUUCAUCAGUGACACUGCUCUGGGAUGAAGAGUUUCUAUUUACUUGGAUGUCUAUUGAAGUUAACAAUGCUUCAAAGCUUACUGCUUUCAAGAUCUGGUUCAUUGCUACUGGCGAAACUUACGAGGAGAUACCAUGCUCUGGUCAACGACUUGCAUUAAUUAAUGAAAACACUUUGAAAAUAUUUUGUGAUCUGAAAGUUUUAAUCGAGCAAGUGAUAUUGGAAGGAGAGGCUGUUUAUUUUCUAUGUUCUCUACAUGUCAAUGGAGAUAAGUGUCUACUCAUUAAAUUACAUUGUAACGGCAGGAAUGUGGCGUUGAUGCAAGAGACAAGCCAGACGACCACACAUCUCUCUAACAGCAGUUACGGGCCUCAAUUAGCUGUCGAUGGUGACCUCAAUACCAAUGCUUUAAUGAUGGGAUGUAGCCACACAGCUGUUAACGACACUGAACCCUGUUGGACGGUCACUUUUGACGGACCUCGAGCUGUAAAUAAAUUUAUCAUUUACAACAGAAGAGAUGACAAGCCAGAACGCCUAAAACAUUUCCAACUUGAAGCAGAGAAUGAACACAGUCAGAGCGUCUUCUCUUACCGGGACUCUCUGGACCACUCCCUCUACAUCUACAGAGUGAACAAUCUAGAACAUCUUUCCGUGAAAUCUGUUACUAUCUGCCAGAAUGAGACAGACACACCGUUCGUUACACUUUGCGAAGUGGAGGCUUAUGGCGAAUGUCUACCUGGCUCUUGGGGUUUGAACUGUUCCAACAAGUGUCCAAGUUCAUGCCCUAACUUCUGUGACAGAGGAGAUGGAUCUUGCAACGUCAUCUGUGUUGGAUUUAGUGACCCACCUGAUUGUACUAGAGCAUGUGCUGUUACAAGAUAUGGAAUCAAUUGUUCCCAAAGCUGUAGUGGUUCCUGUUUAAAUCAUCACUGUCAUCCUGAAAAUGGAAGUUGUGUGAUCUCGCCCGGCAGCUCUUUAGAUGAUCACUCUGAGGGAAGCUCCAGCGCUGACAGUAUUUCAACUGGAAUAGGCAUCGGUAUAGGAGCAAGCUGUUGUCUGUUUCUAAUUAUACUUCUUAUCAUCAUCGUCGUUGUAUGCAAGAAAAGAAAACGAGUUCCUCCCAUACCAACGAUCAGACCACCAAGAGGUUAUGAUGAUGUAGAUCUGUCUACUCCAGAGGACUAUAACUACGAGACAGUACACCAGCAAGACCUAAAGAAAACAAGAUCAGAUAACUCCACAAACACAUCACAGCAGACGAGAAACGAGAGCAAUGUCUAUGUGAAUACAAAUGUAACACCAGAAGAUUGAAUCGCCUUGUUGCGAUACUCAAUUUUGAAAUCCUUGAUUUGUCGUAAUAUGUAUAGAUUUGUCGUACUCACUGCUGACCUCAACUAUACCCGUUAGCAGUGAAUGACUCGCUGACUAGUCAUUGUGUGCACGUAUUUAACAAUGAAUCAAAACUGUGGUAAAUAAUGUCGUUACAGAGUGUGUUGAAUAGAAAAACUUCCUUAUAUUUAUAUAUUUUGUAUUACAAUAUGAAUUAAAAUUAAUUUCAGCUGCCAAUUACAAACUAAUAUUAAUUUUAAAAAAUGAAUUAAAACAAAGACAUACUGAUGUUAUAUUUGGUUGGUUACUGUAGUUAUGGACAUAGUACACGCUUGUUCAGCGAUUUUUAACACAUUUGUAAGUGGGGUCUACUCUACCUUGGUAAUGGAUGAAAGGGUAGUUAUACAAGCUUAUUACGUUAUGUAUUCUAGGACAACACAUUGCAGCCUGACCACGCAGCAUGACAUUAAACUAUCGUUACAAUUUUCCAGUGUUCAAAUCUUAUCAUUUUUUCCCCUGCUUUCCUUCAAGAGUUCAAGACUUAAUUCUUAAUUAUUUACCACAUUCUGGUGAAAUCAACGCUGGUAUCGUCAGUUAGGAGAGAAAGAGUUAAUAAUUUCGAUUACUGAAAGAACAUCUGCUACGUAAAAGUCGAGUCAGCGGAAAAAGUUUUGAUUUUGUAAUGGUAACGAGAGAGACCUGAUCAUAGCCAUAUUAUUACAAGUUUGCGAGUCUUGGACGCUGACUGCAGAGCUAGAAAGGAGGAUCCUAGCAAAGGAACUGAGAUGCUACAGAAGGAUCCUAGGUAUCACAUUUAAAGACCGCAUCACAAACGAAGAGAUUAGAGAGACAGGGUUACUGCAGCCAUUAGACCCCACGAUGACCUGCUGACUUUAAAAAAAAACGGAAACUAAAACUCUAUGGCCAUAUUACAAGGUCUUCGGGGCUUGCAAAGACCUUCCUUCAGGGAACAUUACCAGGAGAAAGAAGAACAGAAAGCGAUGCUAAGACAACAUAAAAAAAUGGAUGGGCCUUCUAUUGAUAGAGGUUCUAUCCAAGGCAAAAGAAAGAGAGGAAUGGAGAAAUCGUGUGCAUUGUCCCAACGCUCCAACGUACUAAAGGAUAGGUGAAGGUGAAUGAACUGCAACAGAACCAUGACGGAAUUGAAACUGAACUGUCAGAGAAGGGAAACAGAAAUAAAUUUACUUUUUGUUCAAAGUUGCAGAAAAAAAUAUUUCCCAUUCCAAAGAAAUUGUCACCAUUUAACUCUUAACCAGUAUUAUAGGCUGUUACCUGUAGUAGUUGUAUUGCUACGUGUUCUACCCUCCAAAAGACCAUUUACCGAUUUAAUCAAGUAGUAACCUUUUAGUCGUGGCUUAAAAAGUUGUUUUGUGUUGAAUCCUUAACUAACAUUAACUGUUAAAAAGAAUGUCAAAGUGCAGGCAAUAGCAGCAAUAUGAUAUUCACAGUAAAAGAUUCACAACCAGA